GUAGCGGUACUCGCAUUGCUUUCUGGUGCAAACCCCUAUACACAACCGCGCCGGUCGCAGCUAUCGCGCGCGCUCUGCCUUUUACUUUGAUCCGGUUGGUCGGUGAUUGGGGGGAGACGGACGGUCAAACAGUACUCGAGGGACGUGCGAAGCGGACUGUGGAAGAUGUUGACGUUACUGACAGCCAUGUAUCUGGUGGUGCGGGCGGUUUCGUCGCAGUCUGACCCUAUUCGAGUUCUCGUGACCGGAGCCGCCGGACAGAUCGCAUAUUCUCUUCUGUACAGCAUUGCUAAAGGGGAUGUCUUUGGCAAAGAUCAGCCCAUCAUCCUCGUGCUGCUCGACAUAUCGCCCAUGCUCCCGGUCCUGGAUGGGGUUGUCAUGGAGCUGCAGGACUGCGCUCUCCCGCUCCUGAGGGAGGUCAUUCCCACGGACAAGGUGGAGGUGGGCUUUAAGGACCUGGACGCCGCCAUCUUGGUAGGCUCAAUGCCCAGGAAGGAGGGCAUGGAGAGGAAGGACUUGCUGAAGGCCAACGUGGCCAUCUUCAAGACCCAGGGCGAGGCCUUGGACAAGUACGCCAAGAAGACGGUCAAGGUCCUGGUGGUGGGAAACCCGGCCAACACCAACUGCCUGAUCGCCUCCAAAUCCGCCCCCUCCAUCCCCAAGGAGAACUUCUCCUGCCUGACCCGACUGGACCACAACAGAGCCUGCUCACAGGUGGCCAUGCGCUGUGGAGUGGCCUCCAACAACGUGAAGAACGUGAUCAUCUGGGGGAACCACUCCUCCACGCAGUACCCGGACGUGCACCACGCCAAGGUGUCGCGCGGCGGACAGGAAGUGGGGGCCUACGAGGCCGUGAAGGACGACAGCUGGCUGAAAGGGAGCUUCAUCUCCACGGUGCAGCAGCGUGGAGCGGCCGUCAUUAAGGCCAGGAAGCUCUCCAGUGCCAUGUCGGCCGCCAAGGCCAUCUGUGACCACAUGAGGGACAUCUGGCACGGGACCACUGAGGGCCAGUUCAUCUCCAUGGGCGUGUACUCCAGCGGGAAUUCCUACGGCGUUCCCGAAGACCUGAUCUACUCCUUCCCCGUGGUGAUCAAGAACAAGUCCUGGAAGAUCGUGGACGGGCUCCCGGUCAACGACUUCUCCCGCGGCAAGAUGGACGCCACGGCGGCCGAGCUGGUGGAGGAGAGGGACACCGCCGUGUCCUUCCUGGGCGUCUGACUGGAGCCGGGCCGCACACGGGCCUCACAGGGGCCCGAGCCUCCUCCCCAUCGCCUGUAACAACACCCUACGCCCCCGAGCCUCCUCCCCAUCGCCUGUAACAACACCCUACGCCCUACCUACGCCCCCGAGCCUCCUCCCCAUCGUCUGUAACAACACCCCACCCCGCCUACGCCCCCGAGCCUCCUCCCCAUCGUCUGUAACAACACCCCACCCCGCCUACGCCCCCGAGCCUCCUCCCCAUCGUCUGUAACAACACCCUACGCCCCCGAGCCUCCUCCCCAUCGUCUGUAACAACACCCCACCCCGCCUACGCCCCAAACCCUCCCCCCUCAUCUAUAACAACACCCCGCCUACGCCCCCGAGCUUCCUCCCCAUCGUCUGUAACAACACCCCACCCCGCCUACACCCCAAACCCUCCCCCCUCGUCUAUAACAACACCUACGCCCCCUCUACCCCCUCUACAGCCCCCCCCACACACACACACCCAAACCCUCCCCGUCUAUAAAAACACAGCGUGUUUCAUGUGUGUGCGUGUGUCGUGUUGCAGGCCUUUAAAAGUAACAACAGUUAAUAAAACAGUCCCCUCCGGCCUGUGUCUGUAACGCUGGGGAACGUGGUUUAGUACACAGGUUAACCAAGCACUUAGUCACCCAGUCAAUGUAACGGUUACGUGUUAAGACCCACAAUAAAACCAAGAAAACAGUGACAACUAA